CUAGCCCUGUAUAUAAAGCUCAGCCCACACACUUCCUCCUCAGUCCGGGUGAAAACAUGGCUUUAUGGCUAGUUGCUGCCAUUGGAGCCGUAGCAGGAGGAUUAGGAGCUUCGGUCGUGGCUCCUGCUGCUCUGGCUGGACUUGGUUUCACUAAAGUUGGAAUAGCAGCAGGCUCCUGGGCUGCUAGCUGGAUGGGAUAUGCUGCAGUUGCUAACGGAGGAGGAGUGGCAGCAGGAAGUCUGUUUGCUAUUCUGCAGUCAGUAGGUGCAGCUGGUGUGUCUGCAGCUACCACUGCUGCUGCAUCUGCCAUUGGAGGAGCAUUAGCGAUGGCGCUUUCAGCCGUGGGUUGCUAAUCCGAACCCCCUAAAUAUCUACAGCGUGGAUAUAUAUUAUCAAACAUAUUAUCAAACUUUGGGUGACUGAUUCUACAGAAAGAUGGUUUAUGGUUGUCAUGCUUUGGGUUGGUGGUGUUUAUUGUUGAGUCUCAUUCCUAUAUUGUCAAGUAUCGACAACCUGGGAAUGAAACUCAGCAAUCAAACUUUUUCAGGAAUUGCUCACCCCUUCUUUAUAGAGGCUACUGCAAUUUAUAUCGAGCAAUUUCGUCAUCCAAACAGCUGAAAUUUAUGUGCAAUAAAUCUGUAAAACCUCCCACUUUAA